AUGCUUUUGCAGUUGCAUACGGUGCGUGUUGCCAUGUCCCGGAGCGUGUUCGCGAAUGGAUCCGCCAAACUUGUGCUUCUGGCCAGCAAGUCGAAGGUAGCGCCACUCCACGACCUGACGAUUCCCAAGAAGGAAUUAUGUGCAGCAUUACUUUUGACGCGUCUAGUACAGAAAGUGAUUCCAGCAAUGCAAAUAACGUUCGACGAAGUAGUUAUGUGGUCCGACAGCACCAUCGUCCUUGGAUGGCUGAAGAAACCCUUGGAUCAGCUUCAGAUUUUCGUGCGAAACCGUGUAGGAGAGAUCUGUAAAAACACAUCGGAUUACCAUUGGAAAUAUGUUCGGUCAAAAAAUAAUCCCGCUGACAUCGUCUCAAGAGGACAGUUACCCGAAGCUCUUAGCCAGAAUCGUUUAUGGCACCAUGGUCCAGAAUUUCUAGAGGGUUCCGAAUACGAUAUGGAGAUUCCAGAAUGUGCUCCGCCGGACCCAUUGCCUGAAAUGAAGAUCGUUGUAGCAGUAGCAGCCAAAGUGGAUAACUCAAUGUUUCAAUUCUUCCACAAAUUUAGUGAUUUCCGCAAGAUUCAGCGAGUCAUGGCGUACGUUCGACGGUUUUUGGACAACUGCCGCACGGUGGAUCCGUGCCAACGAGUGAAGAAACAAUAUCCCACCAUCAGCGAAUUACGUCGAGCAACCGAUGACAUCUUUCGGGUAGUCCAGCUAUCGCAUUUGAGUGAGGAGAUCAAACUAGCCUCGUCGGGUGAAACAUGUAAGAAGAUUGCCAACCUGCAUCCUGUGUACACGGGUGGCUUACUCCGUGUCGGUGGGCGUUUAGAUAAGUCAGCAUUGCCGUUUGAAGCCAAACACCCUAUUAUACUGCCUGAUGAGGAUCCAGUGGUGAGAAUGUUCGUCCGUAACCUUCACCGAGAACUGCUCCAUGUUGCGCAGAGACUGGUCUCAUCAGCGCCAUCCGCCAAAGUACUGGUUGCUCAACGCGCGUUCAACGGUCCGACAGGUGACACGUAG